AGCUGUGUCAAUGUUUUCAGCCGUUCUUUUCAUGUGUGGCCAGAGUGAAAACUAUCAACGUGGACGAGUUUUACAACAGCUGAUGCAUGCACUGCAGCAGAGGAAGCAGGCAGUGCAAAGAGUGAGCAGUCAGCAUGCGGCGCAGCAAGUCUUUGAUCAGGUUUAACUGGCAAGUCAUGUCUUUGACAUCUAAAGGGGAGGCUGAGAGGGUUUGAAGGGAACAACAAGAGAAAGAGAAGGAGAGAGGGAAACAGGGUGCCUCCGCUCAGGGAAACAGAAGAGGAGGGGUGGGAGGACAAGAGCAGGGAACGGUGAGGAUUCAUGCUGUGUUAGCAUCCCCUCAGCAACUCCAUCAAUACUGCAUACAGCUGAGAAACUGGCAAAGGUCCUCCGUGCUGCAUUUUCAGGCUCGGCCAGAGAAAGAGAGCGACUCCCACGACCGGUCAGCUCAGUCUGCUGCUGGAGGGGUGCGCCUUGUUGUAUACACAUACAAAACACUCUCUGACACACUCUCUCUGGAACCUCUGCUGCAUCAAGAAGCAGAGGAGGGACAGUCGACCUGGGAAUACUCCAGAGGAGAGAGUUAUCACCGGAGAGGGACAGCUAGGAAACUCUUGCUGCCAUGCCCUGCAUCGGAGGCUGAGCUGUGGGAGAGUUUGACAGGACCUCAGUGCACCUGCUCCAUGCACACUGAUUAUAUAGAAGAGCUGGUGUGUGCAAUGGCUAUCUUCGACUUGCAGGGUUUCAUGCCACCCGUUCUGCAUCACUUUCCUCUCUUUGCUGCACAGUCAGGUCCAACGAUCUGACCACACCUCUCCUUCCUUCCCCCGAUCCCUCCCUCUCGUCCUCCCCCCCUUUUUUUUGGUGUCCAUCUUUCCUGGGCCCACCAUGGGAGGAUGCUUCUCCAAACCCAAAGCAGUUGAAGUCAAAGUGGAGCUCUCUCUCCUGGAAAAAGAAAAAGAAGUGGACGGCCUGUCCCCUAAUGGCAAAGCGAGCCCCUUCGCUGACUGCAGACUGAAUGGGGCCCUGGCACACAGCUCUGACGAAGACUCCAUGCUGCUGCCGCUCAACCACAACUCCCGGGAUUAUGUGGAGGCCUCUGUGUGUCACGUUAAAGACCUGGAAAAUGGACAAAUGCGAGAGGUCGAUCUGGGAUGUGGCAGAGCUUUGCUCAUCAAACAACACGGGGAGUUUUCCGCCAUGGCCCACAAGUGUCCGCAUUACGGAGCACCACUGGUCAAAGGUGUCCUAUCUAAAGGACAUGUGCGCUGUCCCUGGCACGGCGCCUGUUUCAGCACAGCAACAGGAGACAUAGAGGACUUCCCAGGUCUGGACAGUCUGCCUACCUUCCAGGUCAGAGUUGAAAAGGACAAGGUGAUAAUUCGUGCAAACAAGCAGGCACUUCAGUCACAAAAGAGAUUGAAACCCAUGUCCCGAUGUUCGGCCGUCAUCAACUCCAACACAGGCUUCAGCCAUGUUCUCAUCAUCGGCUCAGGUCCAGCGAGCCUGGUGUGUGCAGAGACACUGAGGCAAGAAGGCUUCACAGAUCGCAUCGUCAUGUGCACCAUGGACAGACAUCCUCCGUAUGACAGGCCUAAACUGAGUAAGUCUUUAGAAAGCACAGCAGAGCAGCUGAGGUUACGCUCCAUGGACUUCCUACAGGACCAUGACAUUGAGCUGCUCACAGAAAAAGAGGUUGUAGCAGUGGAUGUUAAGACUCGAUCUAUAACGUUUGAAGACGGCUUGAGGAUGGAGUACAGGAAACUCUUUAUUGCUUCAGGAAGCAAACCAAAACCGAUGAGCUACAAGGGGAAAGACGUUAGGAAUGUUUUCCAUCUCCGGACACCUGAGGAUGCUAACAGCAUAGCGAGGCUUGCCAACAACAAGAACGCCGUAAUUGUGGGAACAUCUUUUGUUGGUAUGGAGGUGGCUGCAGCUCUGACUGACAAGGCCCACUCAGUGUCUGUCAUCGGGAUCGAGCCGGUCCCCUUCAAAACAGCUCUCGGGGAGAAAGUAGGGAAAGCCAUAAUGAAGCUGUUUGAGACAAACAGGGUGAAGUUCUACAUGCUGAACGAAGUGUCAGAGAUGAUUGGUCAACAUGGACAGCUGAAGGAAGUUGUUCUGAAGAGUGGGAAAGUCCUGCGGGCAGACGUGUGCGUCAUCGGAGCAGGGAGUGUUCCUGCAACAGGGUUUUUGAAACAGAGCGGCAUCCACUUGGACUCAAAGGGCUUCAUCACAGUGAACAAGAUGAUGCAGACAAACGUUGACGGGGUGUUUGCUGGAGGAGACGUGGUCACGUUUCCUUUCCCACCUCGCAACAACAAGAAGGUGAACAUCCCUCACUGGCAGAUGGCUCAUGUGCACGGCAGGGUGGCAGCUCUCGGCAUUAUGGGCAGACUCUCUGAGUUCAAAACUGUGCCUUACUUCUGGUCGGCUAUGUUUGGGAAGACCAUUCGCUAUGCAGGUUAUGGUGAUGGAUUUGAUGAUGUCAUCAUACAAGGAGAUCUGGAUGAAUUACGAUUUGUUGCUUUUUAUACAAGGAGCGAGGAGGUGGUUGCUGUCGCCAGCAUGAACUAUGACCCCAUUGUAUCUCGGGUGGCAGAGGUCUUGGGAUCCGGAAAGACGAUUAAAAAGCGAGACGUGGAGAUGUUAGCGCGGCUUGGCAAGACUGGAGACAUAUCUUGGCUGAUUGACAAAGGCUCUCACUGACUCCACCUCUGAAGUUUCCUAAAGGACAGACCCAAAGUCCACUGGAUACCCUCACAUGGACACUUUGGUGCUGAGACCCUGAGCAGCUAUCCUACUUCAUUCACAGAAACACAGUGGACACGAUUCUCUGUCUGUCGGAGGCUCACUCUCCUGAAGACGACAGUAUAACAUGUUUUGCUCCGGAGAGACACUUUAAUGUGACAAACUGAACCACAUAGGGCAUGAACACACUGAAUCACUGUGUCGGCAAAUGUUUUUGUUCACAACAAAGCAAUAUUUCAGCCUUCGUGCUGCUGCAAGUUAUAUCUACCUGUACGUUUUGUUUAUAAGAAGCCAGAGAAGGGCAUGGGCAUUUGUUUUGUAUAAAUGCGACUGUACAUAGUUAUAAUCCUGAUUGCACUGUAACAACAAAAGAGAAUACACUUCUGAGUGGAAAACAGAUCGACUGUGUUCUCAUACAGACCUUAGAUCUGCAUGGUAGAACUUACAAAUAAAAUGACGAGUCCCAAACCAGAGAAUAUUAAUAUAGAUGCAUUAAAAUAAACGCUUAAAUCAGCAGCAGAACAAGUCCUCUUUAGACCAGCCUUGAGCUUUAACAAGCUCAGUUAUAUGCACAUGCAUUUAACUUGCAACGAGAUAAUGUACUUCUUUGUAUAUGUUGCCUUGCUAAUAGAGUAAAUACAUUAAAUUUUAAUCAUAUUUCUAAUUAAACUAAUUAUUAGUUUGUGCUUGCACAAUAGAGUCACGUUUUUCAAAAAAAUAAAAGGCAAUAGCUCAUCUAAAUGAAAACUAGCUGAAUGUUUCUUUGUGACGUUUCCAGACUCCAUAGGGACUUUAUCUGUUACUAACUCAGGGAACUGAGGUUUGUGGCCCAGGCUGACUGCUCCCUUACAGUCGCUGUUGCUUUAAUAUUCUCCCCUGUGAUCUCACUGCUUCCCCUCAUUUUCCUUUAGUGAUGCUUUGCAAUGUGCUGAGAGGUGCAGAGCAGAUGUCUGAUAGCAUACUGGUCUAAUGAGGAUCCAUGUAUACUUGAUCCUUGACGCUUAAAGUCAACGAGGCAAUUUGAAUAGCAUUGUUCUUCCUACAGAGAAGCUGGAAUGACAUUUUUAUAACUUAACUUUGAAAUAAAAAGUGAUCCAACAGUAAA